AUGGCAGGAAGAGGAAUGACCAGCCACACUCAUGUUUCGACUGAAGCAAAAGAUUAUCUAACAAACAUGAAUUAUUCUGAGAAUUUUGAUGGAGAAACAUCAAAUCAUGAGCUCCAACAUGUAGAGAAAUUCGUGGGAGUCUCCGCAGCUUCAGGUAGUGCGAUUAACAAGAUACAACUUUACUGUGAAUCAGGGGUAGAGCUCUGGGUUGAUUUAAAAGGUAAUUAA